UGGAGUGUGUAGAAAUGAAUAUCAAGUGGUGUAUAAGUAUACUAGCUAUUUUACUAGUCACAUCUGUAACAGCUCAAAGUAAUCGCCGUGGAAACAAUCCAUGUUUAUCAGAAAAAUCACAGAGAUCAUGUGGAGCGUGUAUUGCUACAGCUUCUGAAUGUGCUUGGUGUAAAUCAGAGAGUUUUUUCAAAGAACAUCGUUUACGAUGUGAUAAAUAUGAAAAUUUAGCCAAACUUGGCGUCUGUCAAACAGAAGAUAUUGUUUAUCCAGAUGAUAAAUUAAUUCUUACAAAGAAUGUAAAUGUUCAAGAUGGAGACCGUCCCGAAGAAGCUGUACAAAUUGCACCACAGGAAGUUCAACUUAAAAUCCGUCCAAAUAAACCAAUAAAAUUUAAGAUGCAGUUCCGUCAAGCUGAGAACUAUCCUGUAGAUUUAUACUAUCUCAUGGAUCUGUCUAAUUCUAUGGAGGAUGAUAAAGCUAAAUUGGCCGAGCUGGGAAAUUUAAUUGCUGAGAGUAUGUCUCAAAUUACAAAGAAUUUCCGUCUUGGUUUUGGAUCUUUCGUUGAUAAAGUUGUGAUGCCUUAUGUUAGUACCGUCCCUAGAAAAUUAAGAAUUCCAUGUUACACAAGAGCAGGAACACCUUGUGAAGCUCCUUAUGGUUUUAAAAAUCAACUUAGUUUAGAUCUUGAUACAUCGAAAUUUGCUGUUCAAGUGAUGGCAGCUAAUGUGUCUGGUAAUUUAGAUGCCCCUGAAGGAGGUUUUGAUGCCAUCAUGCAAGCUGUUGUCUGUGAGAAUGAUAUAGGUUGGCGUUCUAUUUCACGAAGGAUGCUCGUGUUUUCAACGGAUGCAGGUUUUCAUUACGCUGGAGAUGGAAAGCUUGGUGGUAUUGUAACACCUAAUGAUGGUAUCUGUCAUAUGAAUAAUAACAUCUAUACAGAGAGUUCUAAUCUGGAUUAUCCAUCUGUUAGUCAAAUUGCAUCUAAGAUUACUGAGAAGAAUGUCAAUGUUAUAUUCGCUGUAACUAAAGAUCAGAAACCAGUGUAUGACAAACUGUCGGACAUGAUUGAAGGUUCUAUAGCUGGAGAAUUAGAGAAUGAUUCCUCUAAUAUUGUAGCUUUGAUCAGAAGUAACUAUGAGAAAAUUACAUCUAAAUUAAUGAUGAAUACUGAAAAUGCUGAAAAUAUUACUGUUAAAUUCUUUUCUCGUUGUUUGGGAACUGAUAUGCUGGAAACUAAUGCUUGUGAAGGAUUAGGUAUUGGUCAAAAUGUAACUUUUGAUGUAGAAGUGACAGUAUCAGAAUGCCCAGCAGAUCGAAGCCAAUGGAGACGUGCAUUUGAUAUUUAUCCUGUUGGUCUAGCGGAAAAGUUAAGAAUCAGCCUGGAUAUGAUCUGUGAAUGUGAAUGUGAAACAGCUGGAAAAGAAGAACGUAACAGUCCUAAAUGUUUUGGUGGUAAUGGUACAUAUGAAUGUGGUGUAUGUACAUGUAAUCCUGGUAGAUAUGGUAAAGAAUGUGAAUGUGAUGCUAGUAAAGUCUCAGAUGAAGAAUCCGAUAAAAAAUGUAUCAAACCUAAUUCCACUAUGCCAUGUUCUGGUCGAGGGGAAUGUGUGUGUGGUGUUUGUGAUUGUUAUCCUAGAACAGCUAAUUCAGCACAAAAAUUUAGUGGUACAUAUUGUGAAUGUGAUGACUAUUCCUGUGAUUAUUUUGAUGGGUUAAUUUGUGGCGGACCAGAACGUGGAACAUGUGAUUGUGGUAAUUGUGUUUGUCAACCUAGUUUCGAUGGACCAGCCUGUGAAUGUGAUAAUAGAAAUGUAUCAUGUUUAGCUUCUGAUGGUACCUUAUGUAAUGGACAUGGUGAAUGUGUUUGUGGUUCUUGUCAGUGUGAUAAACAAUCACAGUAUCGUGGUAAAACUUGUGAAGAGUGUCCUACAUGUACAAGACGAUGUAAUGAAAAUAAAGAAUGUGUACAGUGUGUAGCUUUUCAAUCUGGUCCUAAAACAGAACAAGAAUGUAAACGAGAUUGUAGAAAUAUUAAAGUUCAAGCUGAAGUCAGCAAAUCAGAUGGUGUACAGAUAUGUCAGUUUAAAGAUGAUGAUGAUUGUUUAUUUACCUUUACCUAUGGCUUUGAUCAAAAUGAUGAACUUCAAAUUAAAGCUCAAAGAACAAAGCUGUGUCCUGAAUCUGUGAAUGUACUCGCUAUAGUAGGAGGUGUAGUUGGUGGUAUUGUAGCAGUCGGUCUAGCUCUUCUCCUUAUAUGGAAAUUAUUGACUAUCAUCCAUGACAGACGUGAAUUUGCCAAAUUUGAAAAUGAAAGACAAAAUGCUAAAUGGGAUACGGGUGAAAAUCCAAUUUAUAAACAAGCCACGUCCACAUUUAAAAACCCAACAUACGGCGGAAACUGAGUCACAUUUUAAAACUUUUAGGUUUAAUUUUAUUUAUAAAAUCAUCUUCACCAUCACUAGAUUAAUACUCUGACAAUACCAUCAUUUAUAGUGGCACUGGGUUAGUGAAGAUGAUUGUUGGAAUUUUAUAACUUUUUCUUUUAAAAUCGUGUUGGUGCGAAAUUAUAAGGGAUCUUCCAAAUAAUAUGCCAAAGUUUAUUGUGGAUAUGCUGAAAGAGAUGUUAUACACUCCACAGUAUAUAUAGGAGAUUUUUUUUUUUAAAUGAUAUCUAUGUUCUUCUGGGGGGAAUUUGAAAAACAAAACUGAAUAAAUUUUGUGUACUGGUAUUAUUAACUCUUAGCUGCCAAAUGAAUAUUUCAACACGAUGGAUUUUAAAAAAGAUGGUUAUAUGGAUAAAGGAGGACAGAAGGAAGUAAUGCAAGUCAUAUACGUACAAUAGCUACGAGCUAAAAAACAAAAAGACUUUAAAAGCAAUCUUCAAUACCUAUCACGUGCCUUAAGUGUUUAUUUUAUCAUUGAUAUGGUCACAAUUGUUUAUUGAAAUUCUCAAGAUUUUAACAUUUAUGCCGUUUUCAUGUUUUACUAUAUAAAUAGUUUUGUCAAUGAUGUAAAGUUUGUUAGUAUAGAACUAGAAUAGCAGUAUCAUCGCAAUGAUUGAGUCUUUAGUUUAGAAUUAAAGAUAUUAAUAUUUUAGUUUGCUUCAAGGUUUUAUAUACCGUACAAUACAGGUAUGUUUUUAGACAUAGUUUUUUUUAUGUAUAUAGUUAGCAUUCCAUUCUUUUAUAAAAUGAUAUAAUCAAAAUAACAGAUAUUAGUCUACACUAAACGAAUAUUGAAUUCAGAUUUAUUUCAUUUAUAAAAUAGCAUCGAAAAUGUGGUGUCAAACAGUUUCAGUUUGUUGUUACAAAUACAAAUCACAACUGCAUCGUAUUUUUUUGUAGUUACUAAAUUCGGAAAUCACUCUAAAUAAACUGUUAUAAAAGUUAAAAGUGAAAGCAGAGUAGAAAAAUGAGUAUAAAAAAGUUAAUAUAUAACGUUCAUUAAAAUAAAUUCCAAUAUGUGCCAUAUGAAAAGAUUGUUCUAUAAUUCAGAUUAAUUACUUAAAUGACAAAUUUUGAAAUUACAAAAUGCAGUAGAAGAUGCUUAUUAUUUUCCCUGAGGGAAAAGUACAACUAAUAAUUAUUUUUAAAGGGUAUAUAUUUGUGAAAUGUUAUUAUCAAUAAUAUGUUCUUCAAAUACUCAAACUAAACUAAAGACUUUUUAGGUAUUGAUAUUGUUUUAAUACAUUUUAGUUAGAACCUUGCAUUUAUUUUGAGAUUAGAAAUUAAAUCUAAUUUGAGGAUGUGAAUAUAGUCAUUGGGAUGGAUGAAUUAACAAUAUACAAGAGCUCUGUGAAAAACAAUGUUCUUAUGUUAUAUUUGAAAAUCAGUUGAAUUAAUAUUAUUAAAUAUUUCCUAUUAUAGUUAUAGACAUAAAAGUUUUAAUUGACAUAUAACAAAUACCAAAAUAUCAGUUUUUAUAAUUUGAUUUCAAAUAUUUGUAUGUGUACUAUUCAUAGUAUUUAAUUACUAGAAUUUGUAGUUCAAAUAUUACUAGCAUUUAAAUUCAGAUUCUCAAUCCUAUAUUUAGUAGUUCAGUUGUAACUAGACAGAUGAGCAAUAAGCUAUCUUAGCAUUUAGUUAUUAUAUUUAGUAUCGAGUGCCUGCUUGAAUUUAUUUUCAAAACUUUAUUUAACUAUUCCUGCCACUACUGUUAAUAUUGAUACUCAAGAGUUAGUUUGAAAUAUUUAUAGUUGUUGAGAUGUUGUGGUGCUAUGGGAGAACUUAAAGAGCAUUGCAAGAGCAAUUCCUUCUUUUUCAAGUAGAUCAUGUUCUAUGGAAUAGAAUCAAAAUUGAUGGAGAGGCUCAGAUCUCCAGUUUGAGGAAUCUGGAGCUUGGUUGUUACCGGUACUGAAUUAGUUCUCUCAAAGAUGAAUAAGCAACAUUUAUGGAAGAGAAGGAUAAUAUUAGGGUGUAUUUGAUUCAGGACAACGCUAGUGACUCAGAUCAUCAUUUUGAGUAAUCUUGGUCUGGGUUUUAGAUCUGUUAAGAAAGCUUUUCAAGAAGAAGAAAUAUUUUUUGAAAAAGAUUGUAACUCUUGCAUUGCGCUAUUUCCCCAUUAAAUCAAAUCAUACAUUGUCAUUUAAAAGAUAACAAUACCAAAAAGGUAAUCUUUAUAUAUAAGUGGUUUUAUUUUCAUGAAAUUAGACAAAAUAAAGUGAUUGUGAUUUAAUAUCAGCUGACUGUCUGGUGUCAGAUAUGUUAAAACUUAUCAACAAACAUGAUAUAUUUGUCAUGGUUGAUCGUUUUGAUUGACAUUGUGACAUAAUGAGAGGCUAAUCUGACAAUUUUUGACAUCCAUACCUCAUGAGGAAAAUAAAAUCAACAAAUUAUAAAGAUUACCUUUGAUCUUGUAUAUAUAACCAUUUCAUAUUUUAAUAAGUAAACUUUUUCUUAUUGUUUGUUUUUCAAUUAGAUAUUUCUUAUCAAUUAAUUUCGAGAUGAUUAUUUAGUUAAUUAUUUAUUAAUUUGAGCCAAAUCUUAUAAUUCUAGUCUAUAAUUUAUCCAGAAAUAAGUUUUUCCUUUUUUAAUUAGAGUAAAAUUAUUUUAUUUAUUGGUAAAAAGUCUCAAUGUUUUUACAUAUAUUUAGUUUAUCAUAAACAAGGGGUAAUAUUAGUCAUUUUAGUCUUAUACAUGAGUAUAAUACAUAUAUUCUUUUAUUAUUUACGAGUUUGAAGUUUUCAGCAAAAAAAACCAUGUAAAUGAACUGCAUAUCUUUGCGCAAGUUUGUGCUAAAAAUGAGUGCUUAAAGGAUAAUUUGUUAUUAAGUUAUUCAAGAUUGUUGAUGAAAAUGGUUGUGCUAAAGAAAAAAUUACUUGAAUUAUUUCAUUUUUCUUCAUUUAGUUUGUGUCAAUUUUUCUAGUAACAGUAAAGCCUCAAAGGACCAAUUAUUAACAUAAUAAGAAUAUUCAAGAACCGAAAUGAAAAAUCUGUAAAUUUGCUCUUUUUUAAUGGCUGACUGCUGAUUAUAUUUGAUCAAUGUAAAUGUAGAAAUUAUAUUUUGUUCUAUCAUCUUUUCUUUUUUCCUUUAUUUUUUUUUGUUGUCUCUUGAAUAGAGUUUUAUUUUAGUUUUUCAACUGAUUUGUGUAUGUGUAAUAAUUUACUAGGUUUUUUAUAUAUUGUGUACAUAUAUCUUUUUGUAUUAUAAUCUUAACGAUGAUGAGAAUAAUAAUAAUAAUGUUUAUCGUAUGCAUGUAAAUGUACUUUAUAUAUAAGACAAUAAUCAAGUCCAUCUCUAUCAAGUUAACUGAGGUUUUUUUUUUAGACUUUUAUGUUGCCAAUAAUGGUAUGUCCACUAAUACCUUAAUAUUAUGUAUUUUGAAUGUGCUGCACAAUCUUAGUUUAGAAAUUUGUCAGAUUUACUGAAGAAAAAAAUUCUUGUGUUCACUGUACGUUCAGAAUACUCUUGAAAAUUCUUUCAAUCUUUCACAAACAAAAUGUUGAAUCUUUCAAAAAAGCACAGUGUGAACUAUAAUGCAUGUAUGCUGAUAUUGCCUGUAUAUUAAUAAAAAAAAAUGUUUUUAAUUAUUAUAAUAGGUUUUAUAUAUUAAUUGGCACUUAAAGUUUUUACAUUUGUUAAAUCUAUGUAGUCUUCCAUUCAACAAUGAGUUUGUUGCUAAUGCUUAAUAUGAAUUAAUGCUAUCAAGACCUACCAUGAGAGCAUAACUAUAAAUUGAAUGAAAUUUCCUGAUUAUUUGAAUAAAAAUGACGUUUAACUUUAAAAUUUGACUUAAUUUAUUACUUUGUUAAAUUAUUUUAAGGAAUUCCUUUCUAACUUAAACAACACAUAGUCACUGACUCAAUUCAUGGGUUUUCUCUAUUGAUAUUUUAUAUAUCAUGAUUAUAAGGUGUUUAGGUACAGUCAUAUUUUAUUAUUGGUGUUAACUGCUUUAUUGUGGACUAAUGACAUUUAUAUUAUUAUAGUCCCAGUAUUCUAACUAGUCUUUUUAACCUUUUUUUAUUCAACAAUAGUUGUUUUUUAAAUAUCAAGUAUCUAGCUUUUUUCUUCUCGUAUAAAUCAGUGAAUUAUUUAAUAAAGUCUUUUUAUAUA